AUGGCCAUCGCACGACCCGUUCGGGUCUUGCUGUUUGCUGCAGCCAUUCUCUGGUGUUUCUUCCUCUACCAAGUCUUUCGGCCCUCAUCCGGCCUGCGUGGACCGGGGGAGCGCUAUGUCAACUUCGAGCGAGAUCCCAAUUUAGAUCCUACGGGAGAGCCAGAAGGAGUUCUUGUGCGCACUUCCGACAAAUACGCUCCCGAUGCCAAAGACACCGACCGCAUCAAUGCGACCCUUUUAGCCCUCGUGCGAAAUUCCGAAGUUGACGAGAUGGUUGCUUCCAUGGAAGACUUGGAGCGAACGUGGAAUAGCAAGUUCAACUACCCAUGGACUUUCUUCAAUGAUGAGCCCUUUUCAGAAGAAUUCAAGAAGAAGACCCAGGCUGCAACCAAAGCCAAAUGCCACUACGAAAUCAUCCCCAAGGAACAUUGGACUGUCCCGACCUGGAUCGACCAACAGCUAUAUGACGAAUCCACCGCCAUCUUAGAGAAAAGCGGCGUUCAGUACGCCAAAAUGGUCUCCUACCAUCAAAUGUGCCGAUGGAACAGUGGUCUCUUUUACAAGCAUCCUGCGUUAAAAAAUACUCGAUGGUAUUGGCGUGUUGAGCCCAAAGUUCACUUCUUCUGCGAUGUCGACUACGAUGUCUUCCGGUAUAUGCAGGAUAACAACAAGACGUACGGCUUCACCAUCACACUAUACGAUGAGCCCAAAACACUGCCAACUCUUUGGCCCGAGACCGUCAGAUUCCUAAACGACCACCCUGAGCAUCUACAUACCAACAACGCUUUCGACUGGCUUACCGACAAGGAGAGGCGGCCGGCGCAUAACAAAGGGGCCCAGGGGUAUUCCACAUGUCACUUCUGGAGCAACUUCGAGGUCGGAGAUAUGGACUUUUUCAGAAGUCAGCCCUACGAGGACUACUUUAAUCAUUUGGACCGAGCUGGUGGUUUCUUCUACGAGCGAUGGGGUGAUGCUCCCGUUCAUAGCAUUGGCCUUGGUUUGUUUGAAGACAAGACCAAAAUCCAUUGGUUCCGAGAUAUUGGAUACCAGCACAUCCCAUUCUUCAACUGCCCCAAUUCACCAAAGUGCAGUGGCUGCGUGACUGGACGCCUUACCGAUGGCGAAGCUUUCUUGCACCACGAAGAUUGCAGACCGAACUGGUUCAAGUACGUCGGUUUAGGCUAA